GUAUCCCAUCUCUUGGGGCUGGGGCCCUCAGGAAGGCCUCUGUAUCCCUCCUUCAGGGGCUGGGGCCCUCAGGAAGGCCUCUGUAUCCCAUCUCCAGGGGCUGGGGCCCUCAGGAAGGCCCCUAUGUACCCCACCAGUUCCCAUGUCCUGCAGACUCCCACCGAAACUCCAGCACCAAUAAAGGUGUCUCCUCUCCCAGCCUCCUUGGUGGUCCUUCUUAUUAGUCUCCUCCAGCCAAGGGCAUCUGGGGACCGAGGGUUAGAGGAAGGGUGGGCCAGAGAACCUGGAGGAGCUUUGCUGUGACCUCUCUCCGGACCCCCCACUGACGCUCAGGGCUUAGAACGUUCGAAGAUGCCUGAUGGCCCCCCCCUUCCCCACCACCUGCUUUCCCAAACCCCGAGGGUUUGCUGCGUGCCUGGCACUGUGCUAGAUCCCCAGGUGGGAGGGAAGGACACAGGAAAAGCCGAAGACACAUCCUCCCGUCUCAUUCAGAACAAUUCAGGCUCCUGUGGGAGCAAACUGCCCAGAUCUCCGUGGAAGCGCCCGCGCCUGGCAGUGCCUGGCAGCUGGGCUCUGCUCUGCCCACGAACUCCCGCCCACGCCCAGAGCCUGUCCCUGCGCCGCUCGGCCUCCACCAGCCUUAGACACUUUUCCCAGGUCGUUGCCCCCCCCUGCUGGCGGCCGGGUGCCCUGCAGCUUCAGCCCAUGUGAUUUCAAGGAAAAGGAGGUGCCCAAAGGAAACGAAACUGGGGGACAGUAGGAAGGGGAGGAGAGAGAGAGCGACACCGUCGGGCAGCCGAGCUGUGCCUGUUUUCCUUGCUGUACCCAAACAAGGCAUCUAGCUGCCAGCACAGUCCCUCCAGGAUGGCAUCUGGCCGGGCUAGAUAUACGCGAAAACUUCGGAACUGGAUCGUGGAGCAGGUGGAAAGUGGGAAGUUCUCAGGAGUCUGCUGGGAAGAUGCAGACAAGACCAUGUUCCGCAUCCCCUGGAAGCACGCAGGCAAGCAGGAUUUCAGAGAAGAACAGGAUGCUGCCCUCUUCAAGGCAUGGGCAAUAUUCAAAGGGAAAUAUCGAGAAGGAGACCAAGCAGACCCUGCAGCUUGGAAGACCCGCCUUCGAUGUGCCCUCAACAAGAGCCCUGAGUUCGAGGAGGUCCCAGAGCAAGGCCACAUGGAGGGGUCUGAGCCCUACAAGGUGUACCGGCUCCUGCCUCCUGGCACUCUUCCUGGUGACUACUGCCCUCCAUGCUCCCUAGCUCCCAUUCUUGGAAGCAGUAUAAGAGAUCCAUCCUUAACCCUCUCUCCAGGUCCUGACUCCUUCGGGGCUUCCACAGCCCCACAAAGGACCCAGAAACUUCAGCGAAAGCGAAACCACAGUUUAUUGUCCUCAGAGGAAGAUAAUGUAGAGAAUAAACAGAGUUGUAUUCUUAUCGAGCCCUCUCUGAAGAACUCCCCUGGGAUCAUGGUACCAAGUGAGGGACCCAGCAGCAGCUUUCAGCACAUGGACGAUUCUGGUAUUGGGAGCAACAGCAACAGUCCUGAAUCCUGUGAAGAUGAUCCAGAAAUUCUCCAGUUUCUUCCCCUUUCAGAUGCAGAUUACUCCCUUUUGCUCACCUUUCACUACGGUGGACAUUUGGUCGGAAAGACUGAGGUGAAUAGUCCUGACUUCCGACUUGUAGCCAAAUCUUCAGGAUCCCAGAGUACCAUGGAGCAAGUGGUGCUCCCUUCUGCCAGUGUACUUUCUGAUUCAACCCUCCAGGUGUCCACAGAGCACCUCCUGAACCUCUUUGAUCGUGGAAUCUUAGUAGCUAGCAAUGCCCGUGGUCUCUUCGUGCAGCGCCUCUGUACCAUCCCCAUUUCCUGGACUGGGCCCUGCACUCCAUCUGGGCCUGGACCCCAUCUGCUACAGGACAAAAUAUGCGUAGAAGUGUUUAAUCCUGCCAAAUUCUUCCAAGACUUAUCUCGAUACCACAAGGGCCUGGCCCCACCCCCUGAGUUCCAGGUGACCCUGAAUUUUUUGGAUGAGCACUCUGGUUCUGGAUAUACUCAUAAGAAUCUCAUCACAGUCCAGAUGGAGCAGGCCUUUGUCCGAAACCUACAGAAAAUUGGACUUGUAUAAGGGGAAGUGUUCUGUCCCCUUGGCAUCUGUUACACUGGUCUUCGUCUUCCUUUCCUUUAACUUUUGAGGGGCAUGCUGUUCAUUGUAUGUCCUUCUAGUUCAUGUUGGUGCCUUCUGUGAGUUGUAUCACUAUGCUUGGGUCAAAGAGGGAAAGUGCCUGAAAAAUCCUAACAGCUUAAAUUCAGAGCACCCUUCAAUUCUAAGCCCUAAAAAUAACUUUAGAUUCACUAAAUUUUUGAAUAAAGUUUUGUUGAAAAUGAAA